AUGGCCUUCUUUGACAUAAAUCGUGUUGACAAAGGCUGUUCUUCGAGACGAGGUGGCUGUUCUAGCGGUAUUUGUGUGAUGGACGGAGAUACGUCAGCAUUAUGUCUUUGUCCUGACGGAAUGAUCUUCGUGGAUGGAAAGUGCACGACGAAUGGUACAGUGGACGAGUUACUGCUGUACUCCAGGCUGUCUCCAGUGUGGAUUCAUGGAGUUCAUGUAGCACGAGAUGGAACUGCGGUCACCCCGACAAUGCCGUCGAUUCUGUCGCCAAAAGGAGGGGCCAUAUUCACCGUGGACUCGUUGAAAAGCGAAAUCUACUUCUACGAUGAUGCCAAGUCGGCCAUCUAUAAGCGGUCGCUACAUGGUGGCAAUGUUACGCUGAUCACUAAGAAACGGUACAUAAAAUAUGCAACUUCUUUGACAUAUUUUGCCGACUAUCUUUAUGUACCGAGUCGAGCCGAUUUAUUGCGGGUGGAUACUAUCACAUCGGAAGUUGACGUUGUCGAUUUCCACCUACCGGUUGAUGGAUUCUUUAUCAAUCACAAUUUGACCACGAAGAAAGACUUCGGAUUGUUGUCAUUUGGACGGAAUGAUAUUCUUGGAUGGAGUGCCGACAAUGGUAACGUGGACGAGUUAAUGCUGUACUCGACUGUCUCAGUGUGGAAUUCAUGGAUUCCUGUAGCACGGAUAGAAUGCGAGCUUAGGGAUAUAGGGGCCCAGCAUUUGACCUGCAUGGCAUUUGACUCCACCUCCGGAAAUCUCUACUACGGUACCCGUCCUAUUCUGGAAGCCGCUGGAAUUACCGUAUUCCGACCGGAAAACCCAGACAAACGGCUGCUUGUUACAAGAACUGUCACUGGUGUGUAUUCGCUGAAUGUGGAUCCUAUGCUCCUCUUCUAUUCGAGUACAACUCAGCUACGACAGUAUAAUAUAAUCAGAGCGAAUCUGGACGGGACCAACCCUACAGUUCUAGUGAGUUUCUUCUCAUUCCAUCCACUCACUAUGGCGCUUGAUGUUGCUGCACGGAAAGUCUACUGGUUGGAUCCGUUCGAUUUCACGCUUCAUCGCUCCGGUUAUGAUGGAGAAGACAACGAGGUACGUUCAAGACACGUUGUAGGGAAGGAUCCCCGAGGCGAGUCGCAUUCGGUCGUUCCCUCCCACCCACUUUGA